AUGGCGUCCACCCAAGACCUACCAGCCCCAAUCCUCGCCCUCACAAAAGCCACCGUCAGACCCUACCACCCAACCGACGCCGCCGCCCUCGCCCAGGCCGCGAACUCGGACGCCGUGGCCCGCUACCUCCGCUACACCUUCCCGCGGCCCUACACCCUCGCCGACGCCGAGUCCUGGAUCGCGCUGAACUCGGGUGCCGGCGGUUCUCCCGUCCACAAUUGGGUCAUUGCGUGUCCGGCGUCCGGGCGGCCCAUGGGCAGCAUCGGCCUCGUGCCUGGAAAGGACGUGUACGCGAGGGGGUAUGAGCUUGGAUACUGGCUUGGGGAGGAAUUUUGGGGUAAGGGCGUCAUGGGGGAGGUUGUGCCUGCUUUUGUGCGGUGGGUUUUUGAGGGGAUGGGGAGGGGCGAGGAGGAGGAGAGCGAUCGCGAGGGGGGGCGGGUGGAGAGGGUUUGGGCGGGUAUGUUUGCGGUGAAUAAGGGGAGUCAGAGGGUGCUUGAGAAGAGCGGGUUUGUGCUUGAGGGGAGGUUGAGGAGGGCUGUGGUCAAGGAGGGGAUUGUGAUGGACGAAUUACUGUACUCUUUCAUUAGGGAGGAUUUGAACAAGUGA